AUGGGUCGCAAGCCGAAUCCCCUCAUCCUCGAGUAUUUCGUCCGCGGGCCGAAGCUCAACGACAACAGCAACCGCUAUCCGCACACGUGCAAGCAGUGCGGCGAGAACUUCCCCAAGGGCCGCAUCGACAGCCUGACGACGCACAUCACCAAGAAAUGCCCAGCCAUCUCCGACUCGGACCGCAUGCGAGCCUGCCUCGAGCUCCACGGCAUCACCACCGCCAGAGCUGCCAUCGACCGUCCUCAGGGCGGGGCCCAGGUCAAUGGCCAACCCACCGCUCAGCUCGCGCUGCCUCAGGGAUGGAGUGCCCUCGAGACCCUCGCCGAGGCAUCGCGCCAGGUCGAUCUGAAUGAAAACAAUCGCGGCCAGCAGAAGACUUCUGAGACCCCUAAUCCUGCUGCUGCUAAUGGCGGCGGCUUUGUGCCAGAUCGACUGGAGCUGCAGGAGCAAUUCACAUUGGAGAACCCUCCCGCUACGUACGAUAGCCGUCCGCAGACAAGCACAAGCCUUAAGAAAGGCUUACAGCAGUCCCCUUCUCGCUCGACGCCGGGUGUGGGGGCUGACCUGGCAGCUUUUGCGGGCAACGCUGUCGUGCAGGUGCCGUCACCGACUCCUGAGCUCUCGCCAGAAGAACGUCUUCAGGCUCUCCUCCCCGCCAGCGAAACAUCACCAGAUCCAUCCAAUAUCUCCGUCGCCGUUGCUGCCACAGCCCGCUUGAAUCCGUCCUUUCUCGACCCCCAGCUUGUCACCACCGACAUUCCACCGCCGACCUCGUCGCCUCCAACCGUAGAGACGCAGGCACCUAUCGAUCCAGUGCCAACCUCCUUGCCCACCACCUUGCCCACCUCCCUACCAACCACUCUCGCCGAUACGAACGUUUCCCAGCCGUGGGGCGAAAUGACAUACUUGGCCACUACUACCCCUAUUCCCUUGCUCACGGAGAAUUCUCCAGCAUUGCCUCUGAUGAGCCGCGGUGGUGUUCGAAUGGACACAAGCGAUGGGCUCAUCAACGGCAGGGCACGCCACGCACGGUCGAGAUUUACUCCUGCCAGACGGAAGGAGGUUCAAGAAGUCCGCAAGAUAGGCGCUUGUAUUCGAUGCCGGAUCCUGAGGAAAAAUUGUGGCAAAGGAACGCCCUGCGAUACAUGCCGCAAGGUUCUGGCACCCCGUGUCUGGAGGACUGGCUGUGUCCGCACUCGCCUACAUGAACAACUCGACCUAUAUGCUGCUGGCGUUCAGGUCGUCCUAUCUCAAAACCGUAUCAACCUCAUCAAAGAUCAGCUCAAGCUCACCAACGACGGAAGCUUGAUUGAAGUAUCCCACUUUCCAGAGGCCGGCAAAAAGAUUGUCUUUGGAGCCCUGGUUUAUCCACUGGAGCCAAACGAAACACAGGCGGAGGCUCGUGGAGACAAGACCCCGUUUCACCAGGUCAUCAUGAUUGACCAGGAUUCGGAAGAUAUCCCAGCCAAGGCCGAAUCGUACAUGCGAGAUGUGCUGACUACAUUUAUUGAGCGCGAGCCGUCAAAAUUUAUGAAAGUGACGCUCGAAGCUGCAUGCAACCAGCUUUCAAAGGGGGAAGACGACCUUCUCAGGAAAGCUUUGGAACUAUGGGGUCUCGUCGAGAGCAUCGACCGCGAACGGCAGUGGACGAUACUAGAGAAGCCAAGUACUGAGGGGGAAGAGCCGAGAUGGAUAAAAGAAGCACAAAACGAAAACGACGCAGACAUUUACACCAUGAUUUGCAUGCAGCUCAACGCCGCCGCGGAACGAAAAGCUAACAGCACCUCCAAAAGCCUGCUGAACCACAUGGACAGGCUGCUCACUGACAGCAAGACAAAGGUUGGAUUCAAGAUUUAUCUUACCGCCAUCAUCUUCCUCAAUUGUGUGGAAAAGUCUACCUGGGCGUUCAAGGCUUGGGAGCAGGACCAUCUCCGCCCAGGCUGGCCUCUUGAGCGAGACCCAAGCGUCUUCACCCAGCAGGGCGGCAGUUUAGCCGGACUGCUGAAAAUGCUCUUGUCUAUUCGCAAGGCGUUGCCCCAAACCCUGAGGGGUCUGGAUGGGAAAUUGACAGUUCAAGACAAAGAUCCGGAAAUCACGGAAUACUUUCAGACCCUUGAUCUUGAUUUCGACACCAUUGAAGCCCGCCAAAAGGCCUCACAAUUCUCCCCUGCAGACUCACGUUCCCUCGAGCUGGCGUUUUGCUCCCAUCUUUUACUUCCCAACCUCCCUGCCUAA